CGAAAGAAGCAGGGAACGAGAUACGGUACAAACCGCAUUAAGACAAGAUGGCAGGACUGCCCCGCAGGAUCAUUAAGGAGACACAGCGCUUGUUGGCAGAGCCUGUUCCAGGUAUUAAGGCUGAGCCAGAUGAAGGAAAUGCUCGAUAUUUCCACGUAGUGAUCGCUGGACCACAGGAUUCUCCGUUUGAGGGGGGAACGUUUAAGCUGGAGCUCUUCCUCCCAGAGGAGUACCCCAUGGCAGCUCCUAAAGUGCGCUUCAUGACAAAAAUCUACCACCCCAAUGUGGACAAAUUGGGCAGAAUAUGUCUAGACAUUUUAAAAGAUAAGUGGUCUCCAGCCCUCCAGAUUCGUACAGUGCUGCUGUCUAUCCAAGCAUUACUAAGUGCUCCCAACCCUGAUGAUCCACUUGCAAAUGACGUCGCAGAGCAAUGGAAAACCAAUGAAGCCCAGGCCAUAGAGACAGCACGCACAUGGACCAGACUGUAUGCCGGCAACAACAUUGAGGUUUAAAGACAAAAAAAAAAAAGACAGAAUGGAGCAAGAAGACACUCCACUC